CUAGUCUCCUUCCAUUCCUUCUUUUUCAUUUUUGUUUCUUUGGGAGCUGAUUUAUCAUUUACUACUAUAUAUAAAGCCACCGUUUCUUGAUUUGUAUUCUAGCGUUUACAUUUGCCUCUGCGUCCUCUUGCAAGCUCAUGUGAUCUCUUAUUGGGUUGGACUGGAUUCCGAUGUGUGUGGCCGGGGGCCGGUGAUCUUCUGCGCGAGAAUCCUGACGUUAUAUCUAUUUCUUGAUCGAAAUUCAGUAUGAGCAGCGUGCAUAACAGUGUGGAGACCGUAAAUGCCGCUGCAACUGCCAUAGUUACUGCUGAGAGUAGAGUUCAACCGCCAACUGUCCAGAAAAGAAGAUGGGGAAGCUGCUGGAGCUUUUAUUGGUGCUUUGGUUCUGUCAAAAACAGCAAACGCAUUGGUAAUGCUGUCCUUGUACCUGAACCUACAGUUCCAGGAUCAGCUGUUCCUGUACCUGAUAAUUUGAACCAUUCAGCAACCAUAGUAAUACCCUUCAUUGCCCCUCCCUCUUCUCCUGCAUCUUUUCUCCAAUCAGAUCCUCCCUCUGCCACCCAGUCACCUGCAAAAUUUCUGCCCCUUGCUUCCUUUUCGGUCAACACAUAUUCCCCUAGUGGGGCAGCCUCCAUAUUUGCAAUUGGCCCAUAUGCACAUGAGACUCAGUUAGUAUCACCACCAGUAUUUUCUGCAUUUACAACUGAACCAUCUACUGCCUCUUUUACACCCCCUCCUGAGCCUGUGCAACUUACAACACCAUCAUCACCAGAAGUGCCAUUUGCUCAGCUUCUUGUUUCAUCUUUGACACACUACCGAAGACAUAGUGGGACGAGUAUCAAGUUCCCGUUGUCUCAGUACGAGUUUCAGCCUUAUCAAUGCCCCGGAAGCCCUGGCAGCCACCUCAUAUCACCGGGCUCAGCAAUUUCCAAUUCUGGCACUUCUUCACCUUUCCCUGAAAAACGCCCUAUCAUCGAGUUCCGAAUUGGGGAAGCUCGCAAGUUUCUUGGCUAUGAACACUUCACACGCAAGUGGGGUUCAAGGGUUGGUUCUGGAUCUUUGACACCAAAUGGUUGGGGUUCCAGGCUAGGUUCAGGAAGUUUGACGCCAAAUGGUGGGAUAUCAAGGCUAGGUUCUGGAACCUUAACACCAAAUGGUGGAGAACCUGCCGCUAGAGAUAGUUACCUUUUAGAGAACCAAAUUUCUGAGGUGGCAUCACUUGCUAACUCGGAUAAUGGAACUCACAAUGAGGAAGGCCUAAUGGAUCACAGGGUUUCCUUUGAAUUGACUGCUGAGCAUGUUCCAAAUUGUGUGGAGGAAGAGAUGGUCAUGCAACAUGACACUAUAUGUGAACCUUCAACUGAGAAAGCAAUUGAAGCUUCCAUUGACACUGAUCCGAUACCGAAGAAAGGUCAAAUUUUUUGUGAAGAUUGCACUGGCGACAGUAUCCACAAUAUCACCAGGAAAGCUUUAGAUGGACAAGAAAGGAAGCAGUGCCUUAAAAAUAAUCGUACUUUCUCACUUGGUUCAAGCAAAGAUUUCAAUUUUGACAACAUGAAGCAAGAAAGCCCGGAUAAGUCCACCAUCGAUUGUGAGUGGUGGACAAAUGAAACAGCAACUGCUAAAGAACUAGGUUCCAAGAACAAGUGGACUUUCUUCCCAAUGCUCCAGCCUGGUGUCAGCUAAUGCUGGCAUAUACAACAAUACAUAAGAUUCAUUUCAUCUGAAUGCAAGACUGACUUCACUCAGCAACACUUCCAACAAUGCUGGUGUAUACUUGAGAGCAUUUUCGAAGUGUGACAUUUGAUGAGCCUGUGUUUUGAUUAUAGGAAUGGACUGCACAGCUGUGCCUCAGAGAGUGAAAAGCAAUAGAUAUAUUGGCAAGGACGAAAAAUGGUUUGUGGUGAUUAGUGAGCAUUAUCUUAAAUUCUAUUCCGUUCAAUGUUGUUUUUUGCAAUUUGUACACUGUAAAUUAGUUGGAUCCAUCAAUCAAUGCACUAAAUUCUUUUUACACUUCUAUCAAUAAGGAUAUGUUCGUUCCCGGUCUUCA